AAAUUGUUCAAAAAUGGAUCCAAAUGGAGAAUUUAGGAACACCUCAAGAGAGCAGUAUAAUCAAAUUCAAAGUUUUGAAGUCAGCAUGAAGACGAAUGAAAAUGAUAAGGCCAAAGGAACAUUUAACAACCAGAUCCAGUUCUUAUUAUCAGCACUGGGCUUUGCAGUUGGAUAUGGAAAUAUCUGGAGAUUCCCAUACAUGCUUUAUAAACAUGGGGGAGGAGCCUUCUUCAUCCCGUACUUGUCCUGCUUGUUCUUCCUGGUCUUCCCAUUUUACUACAUGGAAGUGGCUUUUGGACAGAUGUACAAGAAGGCCUUGCAUAGAUAUUAUGACAGCAUUCACCCAAAAUUGGUGGGACUGUCGAUUACUGUGGCUAUGAUAAAUUUCUUUCUUGCUCUAUUCUACAUGUGCUUAAUAAGUUGGUGCUUUUCAUUCCUGAUAAACUCCUUCCAAGACCCACUCCCAUGGGCUCCUAAGCUAAAUGAAGAUGGGAAUAUCUCUGAGUUUUCAAGUGACUACUUCAUAAAAGAGUUUUUGGAUAAAUCGGACAGUAUGUUUGACAUCCGUUCGUACAACCCAACGAUCAUGUUUUCUUUCAUUGCUAUGAUGGCCUUUAUUUUCUUUAGCUUAUACAGAGGCAUCCACUCAGCUAAAUAUUUAACCUAUGUUAUCGUGCCUUUGCCUUACUUCAUUCUGACUGUCUUCUUCGUCAAAGGGCUUACUCUUGAAGGAUUCUCUAGUGGCUGGGCCUACCUGUACAAGCCUGAUUGGUCCAAGCUAUGGACUCUGUCGAUCUGGAGUGAUGCAGCUGGGCAGGCCUUCUUCUCAGCAGGACUUGCUCAAAACACUGUUAUUAAGCUAGCAUCACAUAGAAAGGAUGAUGAGCCUUUGUUGAGUACUGCAGUACUUAUACCAUGCUUGAACUUUGGAACUUCUUUGUUUGCUUCUCUUGCUCUGUUCUCGUUCAUUGGACAUGCAUCCUAUACUUCAGGAAUCCCAAUUGAUGAUAUGAAUGUACGAGGAAUGGAGCUAAGCUUUGUAAUCUACCCAGCAUUGAUCAAUACUUUACCUUGGCCUAAUCUCUGGAGUAUCCUGUUCUUCACAAUGAUGACAAUGCUUGGCUUUGGAACAGAAUAUGUGUUUAUCGAAGUAUGUAGCGAUACUUUACAUGGAAUCUGUACUAGAAGAAAGAAAUACAAAGGUAGGAAGGUAAUGAUGACCUUUAAAGUCUGCUUGAUUAUUCUCAUCUUCAACCUGGUCUUCUUCUCCUCAAGUGCUGGUUACUACUGGUUGGAAUAUGUUGACCAUUACUCAACAAGUGUAAAUAUGGUUGUUUUCUCCUUUAUUCAAGUAAUUUUGUUCGUUUACUUCUUACCUAUUAAGGACUUGAUUGAAAAGAUUAAGAAGUUCGGAGAGACAACUCCAAAACUAUACAUAUUCUGCCUGAAGUACAUUUGUCCAAUUUUCUCCCUAUUUCUAUCUGCUAUGGCUGUGUAUGGAGACAUCACUCGGAAGAAUAAACCUAAAGAAACUAUUGAUGUGAUCGUUUGUAAUAUCAUCUUUGCAAUUCCUUUGUUGAGCUUCUUGAUAGUGUUUGUGUGGAACCCCUUCGGAAGAUAUGAUUUAGAGAAUAAAGCAGAGUACAGAUCUGCAAACCUUCUAGACAAUGGCGAGGAGAUGAAGGAGGCUAGCCAGUCUGGUGAUCAAUAAAUG